AUGGAAAUAAGGAAGUUUCUGGCAAUUGUAGUCCAUAUGUGUGUAAGUGUGAGGCCAUGUAUACGAGAGCACUGGUCCAAGAACACUGUUGUGUCAUGUAAUUUCUGUCCAAACAUCUUGAGCCGUGACAGAUUUCUUUCUAUUUUGAGAAACUUCCACAUUAGUGAUAAUGCCUUAGCUAAGAGGAAAGGAGAAACUGGCUAUGACCCACUGCACAAGGUGACACCCCUCCUAGAUAAUGUGUGUGCCAAUUUCCAGCAUGCAUAUACACCAUCUCAAAACAUUACAAUGGAUGAAGGCAUGUGUAAAUUUUGA